GACAGUAGAAUGAACCGCAGCUCGUUAUCGAUACAUUUGUUAUAUUCGUUGAUUACAGGUGUGUUGGUUGGCAGUAAACUAACUGGACACUUAGCAAGCAGUGAACACACCGGUGCUCGACUCUUGCCAAAGUUUAACGUCUGUGUUCCCAGCAGAUGUGGAUGAAGGAUCCAGAUCCUUUACUGAAGUCCAAGAUGACUCAGGUAAGCCAUCAGCAGUGGGGAGAGGUGUCCGGCCUGGGCAGUGUGGACCUGUGGGUCCUGCAGUCCUCCCAGGUGCGCGUGGAGGUUCUCACCUUGGGUGCCAUCAUCAGGUCUGUGUGCACCAGAGGGAAAGAUGGUCAGGAGGAUGAUGUAGUCCUGGGCUAUGAUGACCUGGAAGGAUAUGUGUCAGAUAAGCGAUACCUGGGAGCUACAGUGGGCCGUGUGGCCAACAGAAUUGCACGGGGACGCUUUGUAGUGGAGGGAAAAGAGUUCCAGCUAGAUGUCAAUAAUGGACCCAAUGCACUUCAUGGGGGGCUGUAUGGCUUCAAUAAGGCUAUCUGGCUUGCUACAGCCGUGGAAGGUGGUGUAAAGCUGAGUCAUACUAGUCCAGAUGGAGACCAGGGUUAUCCUGGCGAGGUUCAGGUCUCUGUCUCCUACACCGUACAGGGGGAAACACUAACUGUUGAAUACCAUGCCCGGUCUACAAAAACCACCCCCAUCAAUCUCACCAACCACUCCUACUUCAACCUGGCUGGACAGGGUGCUACAGAUAUCUAUGACCAUCAAGUGUCCAUCACUGCUCAAUCCUACCUGCCUGUGGAUGACACAUCAAUUCCUACAGGAGAGAUCAGAGGAGUGGAAGGCACGCCCUUUGACCUCAGAAAGUCUGUUCUUAUUGGCCCUCGGCUGAAGGACGUUCCAGGUCCAGGGUUUGACCACAAUUUCUGCCUGUCAGCACCUGGAGACGCCUGGGUGGAGAGGCAUGCUGCCAGAGUGUGUCACCCAGCCAGUGGCCGAGUCCUGGAGGUUUCUACCAGCCAACCAGGAGUACAGUUCUACACUGCCAACUUCCUGGAUGGCUCCAUGACAGGAAAGGGCGGGGCCAGGUACAGGAAGCACAGUUCCUUCUGUCUGGAGACACAGAAUUGGCCUGAUGCUGUCAACCAGGCUUCAUUUCCUGACUGUCUUCUGCGUCCCGGUGAGGAUUAUCAGCAUGUCACUCGUUUCACCUUCACCACUAUCUGAUCUGACCUCCAGCAGUGGGACAGAAAAGAAGAAAGCUGGGUACUUUUAAGUAGAAAGUGAAGUCCAAUAAUUAAUUGUACAUAUCAAGGUUCCCAGUAUAGUCAUGUACCAUACAGUUGAGCAGUGCAAGUCCAGUUCCCAACUAUGUAACUGUGUCAUUGGUGCAUAUGUUUGUAAUGUGAAGAUCUUUACCACACUAGUGCUGUGAUGUUUGCCUCCUUUGCAUGCACAAUAUUUAAACCUGUGCAUGUAAGGCGUGAGGCAGUGACAUGAUGUUGAUAACAAUGGUAAUGGGCUAGUGUGAUUUAUGAUCCUGUGCUAUGACAUUCUGACAUUAAAGAAAAAGUAAGAAAGAGCUUACUCACUCAAGCAGGUUAUUACCAUUUGCCACAAUUUGUCCUCAUCUUUACACAGGAUUAAGUAUUCCAAGAAUAUUGAGUGAGGAGGCAGGUGUUGGUGAAAGGUCAUUCUACUACUCUGCUGAGAGACGUGUUGUGAUUAGGGUGGCAACUUGGUUAGGUUUAGGAUAUUACUAGAGCAACUGGAGAACUGUGUGGGACUUACUGGCAUAGUGCUAAAUGGUUUGAAUCCUAUUUGAAGGAAAGGGACUACUUUGUGUAUGUAGGUGGCUCAGAUGAUAAACAAGAUAAAUUACAAGAUAUGUUACCAUAAUAAUGCAGAUGACACAAAAAUGUAUAUUUCAUAUAAUAUUUCACCAGGGGAUUAUAAUCCAAUACAAGCGCUAAGUGCAUUAAACAAGUCAAUCAUU